CCUGUGUGAAGUUCUUCGGCCAUUGUCGGUCGCUUCGGAGCCGCUUUGGAGGAUAUGUUAAGAUCUUGGGAAAAUAUUCCUAGCUUUCGGCCCCUCCGAUCAAGUUCAGCCUUGUCACCUUGCCAUCUGCCAAUGAAUGUAGAGGUUCACCUGAAGCCCGACGCCAAGGCUAGGGGAUCCACAAAGGGGGUCCCCAGAACCCGACCGCGUCAACCUGUGAGUCGACAAUGGGACGACUGUGAUACCUGCCGCCACAUUGUGAGGAAUCCUCGCUUGCUCGAGGACCAUCCAAUGCGGUGGCUCGACAUGUAGUUAUCAACAAAGAGUUGUCGGCAGAUAUCAGAAGAAUGAUCCAUCUUACUCCCCGAGUUGCUUAUUUGAAUGCACCCCGGUGCUGGUCGCCACAAUGGAUCUCGACUUCAUUUCGUUCAUCUCACGUCAGUGUCCGGUUUGCCUCGAGUCUCAUGGAAGACCAAGACGCCAAAGGCAUCCAGAACACCUAUGAUGUUGCCGUAGUUGGCAGUGGCCCAGCAGGUAUCGCAGUGCUGGGCAACAUCCUAGACUGCAAUCCCGCUACGAAUGUCUUUUGGAUUGACCCAGAUUUCAAGGGCGGAAGGCUAAAGAAAUAUCGACAAGUUUCGAGUAAUACCAAAGUCUCAUUGUUCCUAAAGUACGCGUACAUCUUGGAACCAUUUCGACAUAUCAUCGAAUCAACGCCAAAACCAAAUGCCAUCUCUGCCCUCGAAAGUCUCGACCCCAAUGCAGGCUGCGAUUUGAGCUAUGCGCACGACCUGUGCUUGAUGAUAACUAAUGGGCUUCGACGGCUUCCGAAUGUUGAUGGCCAGGUUGGAAAGGUUGAGGAGGUCAAGCUGAAUAGCCAGACUCAGCAUUGGUCUGUCAAGGUAUCUGCCGCUGAUCCUUCAUCAAGGAUUAUCAACAUAAACUCGCGGAAGGUGAUACUAUGUACGGGCUCGUCUCCUACAGAUCCACAGCCUCCUUCCUGGCUGCCAUCGUCAUGUAGCGUCAUUGAUCUCGACUCCGCGCUUGACAGAACGAAACUUCGAGAAACGCUCCCGACGCACAAGGACUCGACCAUCGGGAUCGUCGGUGCGUCUCAUAGUGCAAUUGUGGUCAUCAUGGGCCUCUUCAAGAUGGCCACAACCACUCAUCCACAUUUGAGAGUCAAAUGGUUCACGCGGCGCCCUUUGACAUAUGCCAAAGACAUGGGCGACUGGAUCUUACGCGACAACACUGGCCUGAAGGGCGCCUCGGCGGACUUUGCGCGCGAAUACCUUGAAGACGAACCUCUGACACGACCACCCACCAGUCGAUUUCUUGAGAGGGUCGAUUGUUCUAAGAACGAGCCCGAAGCAUAUCGGCAGCACCUUCCCAGCUGCUCACAUCUAGUGUACGCGAUAGGUUAUCAACAAGACCCCCUACCGGCUGUUCAAGUGGACAACCAACGUGUUGACAAAUUGUCCAGCGACGGCACUACAGGGCUGUUUCGGAAUGAACAAGGAGAUAGCAUACCAGGCUUGCUCGGUGCGGGCAUUGCUUUUCCCGAGGCCGUCACAGAUCCUCUGGGCAACAAAGAAAGCGCGGUCGGAAUGUGGAAGUUCAUGAAAUAUUUGCAGCGGGUGAUGCCUGAUUAUAUGGGACAGAAUUGCUGCGAGUAGCUAAACAGGCUAGUACGCAGGCUUCCACUGAUCCAUAUGGCCAUGUGCAUGCAUGUGGUGCCUGACAUGACCCUAUCAAUU